GGACGAUCAGAACUGGGACCACGAUGGAAGGGAUGAUGAUCGUAUAUAUAUAAAGCUUUUAGCUAGAGUUUGCGUCUUAUUUAUGAUUAAAAUCAUAAGUUCUGAUUUGUGAGGGUUUCGAUUGUUCUCUCUAAGGUUUCUAUACUCUCAGAGUACUACUACAAGAGUUACGAUGCAUUCGUUGAUGCUCUCUUCAAAACUGGCGGAAGUUCUGAUCUACAGUGGAAAAACGGUAAGGAGUUUUCCACUCUGUAGGGCAUUCGUCUCCGCGUCACCAAGGCCCUUGCAAGGAAAAGAAGAGGUAGAGCAAUGCAAAAAUGUGAAAGAAGCAGCAGAUGCAGUGAAGGACGGAGCGAAGCAAGUGAAGGAAACCACCGAGUAUAUCCAAGAUGUCGCUUCCACUGCGUCUGGCCGGGUAAGUAAGAUGACAAAAGAUGUGACGGAAAAGGUUACCGAAACGACGGAUUCUGUCACUGAAAAGGCUAAAGGAUCUGUAUCUGGAGUCGUGGCCACAGUCAAAAAUGCUACUGAUAUCAUUAAUAACAAGACUGGUGGCGAUUAGUUACUAGCAUAUCUAAAUAUUUGAUUUAUUUAUAUAUGUUUCAAUAAAUUAAGUAGUAUUCAAAGCAUUAUCUGAUCAAUGAUAUCUCUGACUAAAUUUUGAACAUGAAUUUGAACAAUAAUUCAAAGUUAUACUCGGAAAACCUCUGGACUAGAUAGACUGUGUUUCGCUCUUGUAGCAUAAUAAGGGGAAGUACGAUGUAGUAGUCUCCUUAGUGAUGAUUGAUCUUUGUAAUGGAAGGAAGAAUAAAGAGACUUGUCUUCAUUGA